GGCAGCAGCGUAUGUGGGCACACAAACCGUACAGCCGGCCUAGUCGGUAAGACAGCGUACAACCCAAAACCAUGGGCGAGGCAGAAUUCGAGCGAGCAUUAACGGGAACCGAGUAGCAAGGAUAAUGCGCCAACUGUCGUAGAUUAAUCAAGCAAAAACGUCAUCUGUGUCUGAAGGUGUGAGCACGGCAUCCCAUGGAGUACUCGUGGUCGGGCCGGCAGCUGCCUUACAGCACCGAAAUGGGUGGCAUCGAACCGCUCUUUUACGUCGCGUUCACUGUCCUCCUAGUCCCCGGAGUCGUCGGCAACCUCUCUGUGCUGCUUAUGACCUGCUGUUACGGCCGUCUGCGAACGCCCGCUGGCAUUUACGUCGUCAACGUAGCCGUCGCCGAUCUACUGUUCUGCGUCUUCGGUGUGCUUCUUGAUCCCGUGUCAGUGCUCUUGCGUCGAUGGCCCUUCGGCGAAACGCUCUGCUACGCGUGUUCCUUUUCCGAGCACCUUGGAGUGUUUGUGCACGGCUACACGCUCGUUGUGGCUGCAGCUCGCGUUGUCGCCGGCAGGCCUCCCAAGCUGAGAUCUUGCCACCUGAGCAACGCCGGAGUCUGGUUUCUGGGCACAGUCGUUUGCUUGCCUCAGAUGUUGUUCGUCGAUGCGCGCGCGCUGACUGUCCACGGGCAGUGCAUUGUCAAGUGGCCCGCGACGGUCAAGACGCCGGAGCCGUUCAUAUCCUUCGUGGCGCUGGCCGCGUCUCCGUUCCUGCUGGUGAGCGCCUUGUACGCCUGGCUUCGGGCCUCCCUGUGGCUAGGCAGAGGGCGUGCGUUUGUGCGCCGGGCGAGCAUAGUGCGCGUUUUUUGGCUCAUGACACUGCUGCAGCUUCUUUGUAGGAUGCCUCUGCACGUCACUCGGUGCCUGCUUGGUGUGUGCGCAGCCAUGAGGGCGACAUCACACAUCACCGUGGUGGUACUUGCCACACGAGCAAUCGCCGCCGCGGUCGUCUGUUUCACCGCAGCCUUCUUUUUCGACCUUAGUGCAAAGCAACUUUCGAGAAGGGUGAGGCAGGUUCCCUCGGUUGCAGUAAACUAUGGCUCAUGAGGGAGUGGGCUUUGCAGUGCCCUGCUGGAACUGCGUUAUCUACACUGCGGUUUCCAAACACUCAGUGUUAUGAAUAAAGUAGAACUUUUUACAGAGCAA